UUUGGAAAACCUCGUGUUCGUUGUCAACUCGCUAACUGAAGGUUUGGUGUCGUUUGUUUGGUGGUGAAUCGGCGAUGUGCGAACUAAUUCCUGCGCUUCGAUCUGGGCUUAUAAAGUAGUCGUUCGGCUGUUGGGUUGAUAGCAAGAACCUUAAGAUCUGCAAAACCCCCUUUCGGAGAGGCCCUCGUAGGAGUUUGAAGUAGCCGAAGAAGAAGAAGAAGAAGAAGGCGAAUCUGAAGGAUAUGGCUAAGCAAGCUUUGAACGGCGAGAACAACUUGGCUGCGAAACCGCCUCCGACUCCGUCCCCGUUACGUUUCUCCAAGUUUUUCCAGCCCAAUAUGAGGAUUCUGGUUACAGGAGGAGCUGGAUUUAUCGGCUCUCACCUAGUGGACAAGUUGAUGGAAAAUGAAAAGAAUGAGGUUAUUGUGGCUGACAACUUCUUCACUGGUUCAAAAGAAAACCUUAAGAAAUGGAUCGGUCAUCCAAGAUUUGAGCUUAUUCGUCAUGAUGUGACAGAGCCAUUGCUAGUUGAGGUUGAUCAAAUUUACCAUCUUGCCUGCCCUGCUUCUCCAAUUUUUUACAAAUAUAAUCCCGUAAAGACCAUAAAGACCAAUGUGAUUGGAACUCUCAACAUGUUGGGGCUCGCCAAGCGAGUUGGAGCAAGGAUUUUGCUGACAUCUACCUCAGAGGUGUAUGGUGAUCCUCUAGUGCAUCCUCAAGAUGAAAGCUAUUGGGGAAAUGUCAACCCAAUUGGGGUUCGAAGUUGUUACGACGAGGGGAAGCGAGUGGCAGAAACCUUGAUGUUCGAUUAUCACAGGCAACAUGGUAUAGAGAUAAGGGUUGCUAGAAUUUUCAAUACCUAUGGCCCUCGAAUGAACAUCGAUGAUGGUCGUGUUGUGAGUAAUUUCAUCGCCCAAGCUGUGCGUGGCGAGCCGCUGACUGUUCAAUCUCCUGGAACACAAACUCGAAGCUUCUGUUAUGUAUCUGACAUGGUUGAUGGCCUCAUACGGCUCAUGGAAGGAGAGAACACUGGGCCAAUUAACAUUGGGAAUCCAGGUGAAUUUACAAUGAUCGAGCUUGCUGAGACUGUUAAGGAGCUCAUUAAUCCUGAUGUGGUGAUCACCACGGUGGAGAACACCCCGGACGAUCCGCGCCAGAGGAAACCAGACAUCACGAAAGCCAAGGAGUUGCUUGGAUGGGAACCCAAGGUCAAGCUGCGAGAUGGCCUUCCGCUGAUGGAGGAUGAUUUCCGACUGAGGCUCGGUAAACCCAGAAAGAAUUGAAACCUUUUCGGUUGAACGGAUGGAAGUUUAUAGGCAAAAUGAGAAAGACAACGCCAAAUGCAAAGUAUCGGGGUGGCUUCAACACCCUUAAUUUGGUCAUGAAUUUUAUAGAACAAGUAUCAUUUCUGGGUGGUUAAUCUAUGUGUAGGGACUAUGUGGGGAAGGUGUCCUCUAUCUUACUCUUUGUUUUUGGUGGGAACUGAAAGGUCCUGUGAGGCACUCGCAUCAGUUCGGCAAAAUGAAGAGAGCUGCUUUAUUCCU